CACAACACGUGUGUCCAAGGCGUCCAUCGCGCGAUGGUCGUGGCGUAGCCGUGGGUUGCCGUGGCGGGUUUCCUUGGGGCGGCACACGCGAUCGCCGUCGGAAGAAAACACACCGCUGCACCGUGUGGAAUGUCGGCGAAGCGUUCCUGCGUUGCACACGGCUUGGAGUUCUCCUCGUGACCUGGACGAAGCGCUGCAGGUACCAUCUGCCUUGGCGGCGGUCACAUGCCCGCGAGUCACUGUGCAGCAGGUUCACCCAUGUGGCGCGAGCCACGCCGUCGUGGGGAACCCGAGAACUUUCCCCCAGGCUCACAUGUACGCCUCGUCUCGGACGGCAUGUACCCUGCCUCUCGCUGUCCCGAGAGAAGAGCAUUCCAUGGCGAGACGAGAAGUUUGGCGCCGUUGUCCCGCGCUUGCGCAGACCGCCGCCUCUUCUCGGCGACGAAUCCGGAUAACGAUCCGGAAUCGUGUGAUGUUGAGGUGCACCACCCACACCACCUGCAGCAGGGGAAUUCGACGAUCCGAUGGUCCAUCGAGGAGAGUUGCCUGCUGCGUGGUGGGCACGAUUGGAUCUGUUUGAUGCCCCAUGUGAACGCGAUGACGCCGACAGCUCCAUGGCGCGGCAGGGCCGAGUCCCAUGACUCCUCAUGACCUGCCGCCCCAUUGUCGACCUCCCAUUGGUUCAUUCCCCGCAACUGCUGAGUUACAGCUCCGACGUGCCGACUGAACGGCUGGUGGAUCGUGCGAAGGUGGAGGCCGCCGCCGGUCCAGUCGUGCGUGAUGGCCAAGCUUUUCUUUGCCGUGGCCGCCGUCACGUCGGCCGGACUCUACAGCGGCGCUGCCGUGUACAUGAGUGUCGUGCAACAUCCGGCCAUCCUCCGGCUGGGCUCUCGUCGGCUGCAAGCGCCGUUCUUUUGCCAAAUGUAUGUAAGUGCGUCGGCGUUCUUGGCGCCCAUCGGCCUCGUAGCCAGCACCGCGUCGUUCGCCGCGUGGACGGUGGACACUGCCAUCUCAACGAGCAACCCGUCCGCGCUCUGGAUCGUCGGUGGCUCUAUCUUCCUCGCGUUGGUUCCGUACACGACACUGGCCAUGCUUCGUCUGAACCUGCACCUCACCGACGAACGGUACUGGAAGACCCAUCGCACAGCGUUCAUGCAAGCGAAACUUCAUCACUGGGGCGUCCUCCACGCGCUCCGAUCGAUCGCAAGCGUCGUGGCCACAGCUACAUUGGUCUGUGCGUGUCUGCGACAGGGCUCGUGGGCGUCGCUGUAUUAAUCGAUGGCAUCGUGUUUUGA